GGCAAAUAAUUUUAUUGUAAUUGUUACAGUAAGGAAUAGUGCGAUGACGCUGCUUUCUCCCUUGCGCCCGCGUUCUAGUAUCAAUCAAUCCUAUUUAUGUGUCAAUCAAUCUUCAAUAUAAAUCAGUUCAAUUCAGUCCAUUCGUUUUUCCUGUUUUCGAUCUUCAAUCAAUAUGUCGACCUUCAAAGUCAUUAUAAUCGGCGGCGGUCUUUCAGGUGCCCUGCUUGCCAAUGGGCUAAUAAACAAUGACGUGGAUGACAUGAUUUAUGAAAGAGACAAGGAGGAAACGAAGCGAGGAGGAUAUCAGAUCAGACUCGGCGAACCAAGCCUUAGUGCAUUCCGAGCUUGUCUGCCGCCUGCUCAUGUCGUGACUAUUGAAGAGAAAUUCGGCGUGUCAGCGAACGAUGAACGAACACAAAAUUUCUAUACCGCUCCAUGCAUCUACUCCACCAAUUUCAAAGUUCUAUUGGAUCUGGGAAAACUUCCCACCUACACUAUAUCCACAGCCAUCAGUAGGUUAGUCUUGCGCAAUUUCUUGGUUGACCCAGUCAAACGAAAGGGCCGUAUUGAAUUCGACAAGCGGUUCUCUCACUAUUCCAUAGUUGAAGAUAAAGAGUGUGGGGACAAGGUUCAAGUACAUUUUUCUGACGGAUCAACCGACAUUUGUGAUGUACUGGUUGGUGCUGACGGCAGUGCGUCGAAGAUCAACCAUCAACUUGGCUUAGAUAAUAUCCAGGAGAUUAAGUCACAUUUCACGUUCGUGUGCAAAGGAAGCCUGCCCCCAAAGCGAGUUGAGCAACUUCCAGCCAGCCUUUAGAAAGGGCCCAUUGUACUGUUCCACAAAGGAAACACUCUGUAUUAUUCUCGUAGGUUUUCUCUUCAUGUAAUCGAUGCAUUGCUAAGUUUGCAGUUUAUAUGCCUCCUCGAAUUGGGUCUGAAAACAAACUGAAUGUUCUCGAUUACGACGAUACCGAAGCAUCUUUUUACUAAUCCUUGAUGGUAUCGAAAGUUAAUAUUAAUUAUGAAUCUGUGAGGGAAAUAUCAGACUGUAUGCAAGUUUAUCUAAAUACUGUUAAAGACUGAACUCCCGAGUUGUAAGUAUUCUAAUUGUUUCGACUUGGAAUACUCUGACUUUCAAGCAGCACUACGAUGCUCUCGAUUGGCAUUGAAGAUAGUGAUGAUAGCAUAGUGACUGCAAUUCCCCUGUGUGUAAGUACAAAGCCAUCUAGCACAUAACGCGAAGAUGCACAUCGGCAAUCAGGGGAUAGAUUCAAUCCAAAGGGCUAUCCACGCGUGUGCCUUAUUGGAGAUUCCAUGCAUGCCAUGCAGCCAAAUAGAGGAAUGGGAAAUAACCAGACUAUGUUUGAUUGUACAGAAAUACUGCCUCCACUAAUUGAAUUGAACAAGAUAUCUAAGUCAGGAGCAUCGCUUUCUUCACGAGAAGUUCGGACGGCGCUGGAAAAAUAUGAAGCUCUAAUGAUCGAACACAGUUUCAAGUGGGUAAAGAAAAGCGGUGGUGUGUCUGUCCCAGUAAAUAUCGAGUGCUGUCAAAGUGAAUAAAAUAGCAAUUGACUGAUACGCUUUGUUUCCAGAAUGUUGACCUUCAAAGUGGUAUAAUUGGACUUUCUAUUAUAAUAGCUCGACUUAUAAUACUCCCUGUCUUAGGUUUUCUUAACUCUGCUUUUCAAACUUUUAAAGCUCUAUUUAAGUAGGCAGUAUUAUGUAUUAUUUAAUAAAAUAAUUUUUAUCCCCUA